CCGCCCCUGCCCCUGCCCCCGCCCGAUCGCUGUCUUAUUUUUACCGAUUCUCUAGCGCACACCCCUGAUAAUUCACCAUGGCCCAAAUACAAAACAACGACCCCGCCCAGCCCGCCUCCUUCACCGACUCCCCGCUAAACUCCCCCGCCCUUCCUCCCGCCGAAACAGCCACCUACCGCUCGACAGACCAUGUCAAUGCCUCCACCACCAACCUCAGCCCCGAGCUGCCACAGGAAAACGCUGCAUCGGGUAGUGGCGCUGGAGCUGUCCCCGCAGCAUCUGGGCCUGGGGCUGGCACAGGCCCCCGCCGCCGUCAAGGCGGUUCGCGCCAGGUGACCAUGGACCCCAAUAGCCCGGAUCGUCGAGAGACGUCCGAGAGCGCGCGGUCGAGGCCGAGCAGGAGGCAAAGCACUGUCGACCCCAACAUGGGGCUGGUACGGAGGGUGACCACGGUGCUGUUCACGCCGCAAAAAAAGAUCGGCAAGGCGCCGACUUAUGUGCAGAGUUUCAAGGCUGCUAUAUGUAGCACUUGGCUCAACGUGCUGCUGGUGUUUAUCCCAGUUAGCUGGGCACUGCACUUUGUCCAAGCGGGUGGCAACGACAAGAUCACCGACACUGCCGUCUUUAUCACCGCCUUUAUUGCCAUCAUUCCUCUCGCUGGUCUAUUGGGUUUCGCCACUGAAGAAGCAGCCCUCCGACUCGGCCAAACACUCGGUGGUCUGCUCAACGCUACUUUAGGAAACGCCGUCGAAUUGAUCGUCGCCAUCCUCGCCCUCGUCAAAUGUGAACUCCAAGUCGUCCAAUCCUCCCUCGUCGGCUCCAUCCUCUCCAACAUCCUGCUCGUCCUCGGCAUGUGCUUUUUCGCCGGCGGUGUGCGUUUCGAAGAACAGACCAUCCAAGUCACCGCCUCCCAGCUCAACUCGUCGCUCCUCUUGAUCGCCGUCAUCGCCGUCCUCAUCCCGUCUGCCUACCAUUUCAGUAUCGCCGCGAGCGAUUCGAAUGUCGAUGCGAGCGAGCUGGCCAGUGGGGAGGGGAGUGAACUCUUGGCUCUCAGUCAUGGUGUUGCCAUCCUCUUGUUGAUCCUCUACUUGGGUUACCUGAUGUUCCAAAUGUUCACCCACGCCGCACUCUACGUCGACGACACCCACACAGGCUCCACCUACUAUCCCGAAAAAGUCACCAACGUCUCUGACAAGUUUCGCCGCAACUUUCACCGCAACAAGAAGCACGACGAGGAAGAAGGCCUCUCGACCUCUUCCACUGUGGUUUCUGAGACUUCCGGGACAGGGCCCGAAGGUUCGGCCGCUGUGAGCGCAGAGAGGAAUGAGGAGGAGGAGGAGGAAGAGGAGGAGGUGCCGCAGAUGAAUGUCGUCACUACUAUCGGUUUGAUGGUCCUCAUCACCGUCCUUGUCGGUGUCACCUCUGAGUUCCUCGUCGACUCUAUCAACGGUCUCGUAGAAGCCCACCCGAGCUUGUCUGCCGAGUGGGUCGGUCUCAUCUUGCUCCCUAUCGUUGGUAACGCCGCGGAACACUACACCGCCGUCAUCUCCAGCGUCAAAGACCGCAUGUCCCUCUCCAUCUCUGUCGCCGUCGGGUCGUCCAUCCAGAUCGCCUUGUUUGUCAUUCCGGUUAUGGAGCUGCUGGCGUGGACUAUUGGGAAACCCAUGACUUUGCUCUUUGACGCGUACGAGUCUAUAGUGCUUUUCCUGUCUGUUUUGAUCGUUAACCAGACGCUCGCUGAUGGGCGAUCCAACUGGAUGGAAGGUAUGGUGCUUAUGAUGCUCUACAUCAUCAUUGCUGUUUCGUUCUGGUACUACCCUGGAUCAUCGACAGCAACGCUUUUGGGUUGUUCCGACUCUUCCAGCGUGGUCGGUUAAAGAUCAACCCAACCAUGCCCAGCAACCAGUAAAACAAAAGCGCUCAAAGCACAAGAAAAGCCCGCCGUAUAAUGUCCACUUACCACCCUUCUUCCCUGUAAUCUUUUUUAUGUAGAGUAUAGUAUACCACCCCUUAUCACCUUGCUUUCUUUUUUUCUUUCAUACACGUACCCCCAUACCCGAUACCUGAUACCCCCACCCCCAGGCCUUUGAUGCCUCCCCCCUCGUUAUCUCUUUUCAUUCGUCUUAAAUUCGACAUUCGAUAUUUCGAUGAUGGCCUCUUUUUGCUUUUCUUUUGCGAGAAAGGUGUUAUCUACCCUUGAGAGCUCUCGUUAUCUUUCGUCUGGCUAUCAGCUCGCGUAUUUAUGGCCAGUUGCUUUUUGGCAAGCUUAUGUACUAUAUGAAUCAUUUCUAGAAGGG